CCGGCGGGCCUUCCUCCUCUGAUAACCGAAAAUUCAUUUCCUCUGUUCCCGAUCUUUUGCGAAGUUCAAUGAAGAAGGCAUUUGAACAAACACCAUAUAAAGAUGAUCUUGGUGUCUUACAGCAUUUUGAAAAACAUAUUGAUGAUUGUGCGGACAAAUGGAAAUCAGCUCAGCAUGAUGUUUAUUAUGCGCCAUAUACUGUUCUCUUCCAAGGAUCUGGGACUGGAAAAUCUAGACUUCUUUAUCAGCUUGCACAAAAUCGCUUUGUUUUAUAUUUGUGCCUUCGUGAGCGUUCUAGCUCAGGAGUUCCACCAGCAACACAACUUUUUUGUAAUUACUUUCUCAUAGAAAAGGGGAAUGCAAUGGUUAAUGCAGUGGCAUUUUUCUAUAGCUGCGUGGAAUUUCUUGAUGGAAAGACCAUUGAAGAUUGGAAUCGUCAACAACACUCUAACAAAUUUGAAUCAGACAUUAUAACCAGAGCUUUAUAUUUAGUAGAAAACUGGAAAGAUAGCCUAAGUCAGUUAUUGAAUCAAGAAGCUGUGGAACGGUUUUGUACAAACGAAUUUGCAGGAGUUUGGAGUAAAGUUGAAACCCGUUUAUCAAAUACUGUUAAAACAAAAGCAAAACUUGUAUUCGCAUUUGAUGAAUCACGAUCUUUGCUGCAGAUAUCACCAGGAGAAAAUACACAGUUUAUUAACAUUCGCCGAGCCUUACGUUGUCUUCCUUCAGGAAUUUUUGCCAUAUUCGCUGAUACCAUUUCAAACCUCACUAACUUUGCACCGUCAGCAUCUUUGGAUCCUUCAGCUCGAUUAUUUUUAUGUCAGAAUGAACUUUUCCCACCAUUUUAUUUUAUGGCUACAUUUGAUUUAUUUACUAAAACAAACUCAAGCUCAAAUCAACUAUUAAGCUUACAAGAACUGUUUGCACUGGGACGACCUUUAUGGGGUGCAGCUUUGAACAAUGAUGCCAAUAUCAAAGAUCUUUUGAAACUGGCAGAGCAAAAACUUUUAGGUGGAGGUAUAACAGUGGAUAAUUGGAUUAAAAAACCAACUUUAUCUUCUGCCCUUGCUGUUUUAUCUUCCCGUAUCUCACUUGAUAUAACAGCUGAGUCACGUAUUGCUUCAGAACUAGUUGCUGGAUUUAUGGGGAUAUGUGUUCAUGUUUCAGAGGAUCGAUGUCGACUAUUGGUAUUCUAUCCAUCUGAACCAAUAGUUGCUGAGGCUGCUGCAUCACUUAUGCAACAUGAAAUUGUGUUCAGAAAAUUACUCAACUUUUUACUGGAUGCACUGCAUACCGGGUAUGUGGAACCUGGUUAUCGUGGGGAAUUGGUUGCCCGUUUACUUUUGAUGAUUGCUUGGGACCAGGCUACUGGAAGUAGAGGAUUAUUAUCAUCAUCAAUGUCAUCACACUUGGAAAACUUGGGAUACAUGAGGGAGUUUGUUUCACAACCGAUUAGAGUGAAGGAUUUUUUGACAUCUCUUUUUGGCCAGGAUAAUUAUAACGAUCAUAUUCAAGACCUCCCCCAAAAGUUCGCAGAUGGUUUACUUGCAUUUACGCAUUUUAUUCCACUUACUUACACCCCAACCCAGAUAGAAUUGAAGAGUUUAUUCAUUCGUUAUGCAGCUGUAAUAUGUAAGCGUAACCAAGCAGGAGUUGACUUGAUACUUCCAGUUCU